UGCUGGACGGUGAAGUGACUUAAUACGGACUCAAACGGAAGAAAGCGUACCCCCAAAAUGUUGAAUAUUAGUGUUCUGUUGGGUGCCCUGAUCCUGAUCUGCCUUGCAGCUGCCCCUGCCUGCGGUAGCUUUUUCCACGGUCCACCAGCAGCGGUGGGAGUUCCGGUGGGUGUUCCAUUUCCGGUGCCAGUGCCGGUUCCCUCUCCAGUUCCUGUGGCAGUGCCUGCUCCUGUAGCAGUGCCUGCUCCUGUGGCCGUCUCGGAUACCGUGACCAUUCCCGCUGCCUACGGCUAUGCCUCUGUUCCUUCCUUCCAUCAUUCCCCUCCGCCUGCCACGCACUUCAAGUAUGCCGCUGCCUACGCGGCCCCAGCGCCCUCCAUCAAGUACUCCCUCGGUGCUCCAGUGACGACCACAACGACAACAUAUUCAGGAUUUGCAGCACCACAUCCGCCCCAAUUUGCAGCACCGCCGCCCCAAUUUGCAGCACCUCCGCCCCUUCAAUAUGCAGCCUCCCAUUAUGCUGCGCCUGCUCCGUCGCAGUUCUACGCCAGAUUCGCACCCCCGCCUGGCUACCAGCUGGCAGCCGCACCGCCAGCCUUCCAUGGCAGAUACAAACUCCGCUUUGGGGCACCUCCGGCAGCGCCAGCCGCCGUCUACGGGGCCCCACCGCCGCCGCCGUCUCUGUCCUACGCCGCCAACCAGGGCUGGUAGGCUGCGCUGCCAUCCGCAUAAACACUCGCAUAA